AUGGCCUUGAAUCGGGACGGUGAAGCCGAAGGGUCGUUGUAUAUCGACGACGGCGAGACAUUUGACUACCAAGAUGGCGCUUUCAUCCACCGCCAUUUCGUCUUUGAAGAAUCCACUCUAUCAUCACAGAAUAUCGGGAUAGACGGUCCACAAACAGCUCAAUACUUGAAGAGCAUGGAAAAUAUCACAAUAGGGAAAAUUGUGGUGAUUUAUUUCCCACCCAAUUGGAAGAAGAAAGACUCGGUGAAAAUCUCGCAUCAUUCUGGAGAAGUUUCAUUUGCCUCCAUCAGGUUUUAUGAGCAAGAAAAUGGGAGAGCAUCGUACGCAGUUGUUUAG